AUGGAUUUGAAAACAAGCGACAUUUUGUUAGAUGAGGACAUGAAUCCUAAAAUUUCAGAUUUUGGUUUGGCCAAGAUCAUUAAAGGAAAAGAUACAGAAGCAAUCACUAAAAGAGUUUUCAGCAUGGGGUUUAUGGAUGGAAGAUAUAAGCCACAUGAGUUGAUGGAUCAAACACUGAUGGACUCAUGCCAUACAAAUGAUAUGUUGAAGUGUGAAAUUGCAACCCUCCCAGCUCAAAAAGAACCACCUUUCAUUUCAUUCAGGAAGAAGCGUACGCUACUUCUUCAUCUAGCUUGUCUAAACCAGACACCCAAAGCAAAAAACAUUGUUAUAAUCACUGAAUUAGUUAGAUGGACACUAACAAUACUUCGAGACUGUUCUCUCAAGUCAUCUGGUUGUAACGCGUUUGACUUCAUCCAACGUUUAUCCCCUCAACAUCACCGAUACGAUUUCCUUAAUCCUUAUAUUUGUUUAUAUAUACAACUUUACAAGGGGCUCAUCGACGAAGCGUGUUCUUGUUUAAUUCUGGACUCAGAAACUAUGGCCGAAGGGAAGACUGCGAUUGCUAAGGAUAUUACCGAAUUGAUCGGAAACACACCUUUGGUUUAUCUCAACAAUGUUGUGGAAGGUUGUGUUGGACGUAUUGCAGCCAAAUUGGAGAUGAUGGAACCCUGCUCUAGUGUUAAAGACAGGAUUGGUUACAGCAUGAUCUCAGAUGCUGAGGCAAAGGGGCUCAUUACCCCUGGACAGAGUGUUCUUAUUGAACCAACAAGUGGUAACACUGGCAUUGGACUAGCUUUCAUGGCUGCAGCAAAGGGUUACAAGCUGAUCAUCACCAUGCCUGCAUCCAUGAGUAUGGAAAGACGAAUUAUCCUCCGUGCUUUUGGUGCUGAGUUGGUUCUUACAGAUCCUGCUAAAGGAAUGAAAGGUGCUAUGCAGAAGGCUGAGGAGAUAUUGGCUAAAACACCAAAUGCUUACAUUCUUCAGCAGUUUGAGAAUCCUGCAAAUCCAAAGAUCCAUUAUGAAACAACUGGACCCGAAAUUUGGAAAGGUUCAGAUGGUAAAAUUGAUGCUUUUGUUUCUGGUAUUGGCACUGGGGGUACCAUAACUGGUACAGGGAAAUAUCUUAAAGAGCAAAACCCUAACAUAAAGCUUUAUGGAGUUGAGCCCACCGAAAGUCCUAUUUUGUCUGGAGGAAAGCCUGGUCCACAUAAGAUCCAAGGGAUUGGUGCUGGUUUUAUUCCUGGUGUUUUAGAAGUUGAUCUUAUUGAUGAAGUUGUUCAAGUCUCAAGUGAUGAAGCCAUUGAAACUGCAAAGCUUCUUGCUCUUAAAGAAGGAUUACUUGUGGGAAUAUCAUCUGGUGCUGCAGCUGCAGCUGCAAUCAAGAUUGCCAAGAGACCAGAAAGUGCUGGAAAGCUGAUUGUUGCUAUCUUUCCAAGUUUUGGGGAGCGAUACUUGUCUUCAAUCCUGUUUGACUCGAUGGCUGUGGUUGAGUUUCCAAUAUCGUUUCCUUGUCAAUCUAUUGGGGAGGUUGUGCUUGAGAAUGUUGGGAUUGAGGAGGUUAUGGUUGGAAAUGUUGAAAUCGUUGACAUUAGUUUUAUGUUGGAAGCAAUUUUGUUGAAAUGGUUGUUCAAAAAGAGUGUGGGUAUUGAGAGGGGUUGUGUUAAAGGCGCAUCAACCGGUGGGUGA